AGUAGGGCGUAAACAGGAAUUGUCGCGUGAGUUUCUGGCAUAAAAUACAAUUCAGAGUUAAAUGCAGAGUUCCUUGUUUUUAGAGCACUACGGUUACUCCGGAUUCCUGAAAAGCARAUAGUCGACUGUUGUCUUCACGAUUUGUUUCCACUUUUGAGAAAAGCCUUGUUCAUUAACAUUGAGAAGGAUGGACGGUGGAGUUAUAGUUACCAACCCCAUUGUGACAGUUCGUGUGACCAGCACCCUGUCCUCCUUCGAGUCGCUGCGCAAGUUCGAUAGAGGGAUUACUAUAGCAGAACUGAAGGGAAAACUGGAGAUGAUUGUGGGCAUUCCUGCCUCCGCCAUGGAUUUGGAAAUUCUUAGUGUCUCUGAUAAGUUUUUACAGAAAAUAGACAGUGAUGAAGCUUUACUUGGCUCCUAUCCUGUGGAUGACAACUGCAGAAUACAUGUUAUCGAUAAAAGUGGAGGUCAGGUGGGCGAAUUGUUUGAUGUUUCCAAAGUGGAAAAGUUUGAGCUCUCAAAUGAAGUAUAUGAUAAAAGAACUGUAUCUGCAAGGUCAUUUAUGAAAAAACACCAAUUUGGUCGUUACGACAACGAUCGGGUUGCUAAGAAGAAUGCUGAGAUUGCUGCUCAGCUUGAAGAGCAGAAGGCUGCUGCUGAUGCCAUUUCCGUUGGCAGCCGCUGUAAAGUGGAAGUCACUGGGCAACCCACAAAACUUGGAACUGUCWUGUAUGUUGGCACAACAGAGUUCAAGCCUGGUUACUGGGUGGGUGUGAAGUACGACGAGCCCCUCGGAAAGCACGACGGAACAGUUCAGGGGAAAAAGUACUUUGAAUGCGAUAACAAAUACGGAGCGUUUGUGAAGCCACUGAGCGUGACGGUGGGAGACUUCCCUGAGGAGGAUUACGGUUUAGAUGAGAUUUAACUGGACAGACUGGAUAAAAGUUAUUGUUUUCUUUAAUUUGGUCAAUCCUUUGACUGUAAGUUGAAGCAUCUUCUGAUCAUAAAUCAGAAGAAUGAUAGUCAUUUUAGUACUACAUAUAGUUUUUUGUUGUGCUUCUCUGGUGGGCGCAAUCCAAAAGCACUUUAGCAUCUUUUUUUUCCUGCAACGUGACAAAGAAUUCAGUCAGUGUUUCAUAAAGGAAGGAGUUUUUUAGCCUACGAUGGAUUUUGUUAUUUUACUCCAUGUACUACUUUAAUGUUAAUUCCAAUGCUUAAAUUUGUUAUUUUUGGUCAAUAUUAGUGUGGUUAAAAAUGAUUGUAUAAAAAUGUUCACAAUGAAUCGUAGCCCUGGUAUUUUCAAGACAGUACAUUUCUUUGUUAUUCUCUGUGAUUUGGAUGUUUGKAAGAAUUACCCUGCCAGACUUUGAAACAUUACAUUUAUAACCUACUGAAGUUAUUCUAAAUCUGUAAGAUGUACUUCCAGUUAGACUUAGCCAAUAGAGCACCAUAAAUAGUAGUGUUUAAGUGUAUGUGUUGGUGUUGCAGCCCUUCAGAUCCAAAUUUCUUGAUGCUAGGUUGGCCCUUGAAAGACCAAAUACUUCAAAUCCCAUCAAACUCUGAUUUCACAUCUUUAUUUCUCACUGUACUGUUUUUAUACAUGUUCCAUACUCAAAAUGAGUCAACUUUGGAAAAAUGUGCGUUUUGAWUUAACAAUGUUUUGUUUUGGAGAAAAUGUAAAUUUGCAUUUUAAUGUCUUUGCAGUGAAAUAUUAGUAGACAUGUAUAUUUUUUAGUUUUCCAUUGAUCUCUGAAGUGCUGGUGUUACUGUGUGCCAAAGGUUAUAAGGACAAAAAUAAAAAGAUCAGUAUAAAAUUGAUCAGAUUGCAUCA